UCUUGCAAUUCAAAAUAACCAAACCAUGCAUUGAUGUUCAGUGCAGGCAUCAUCCGGGACAAUAUGAAUAUUACAAAGAUUAUGAUGACUUGGAGAUCCAUUUCCGCCGAGAGCAUUUCCUAUGUGAGGAUGAGGCCUGCCUUGCUAAAAAAUUCACUGUUUUUGAGUUCGAAUCCGAUUUGAAGCAAAUUCAUGGUUUUGCCGUGGAAGGGGAAGGGGACGAGGACGUGGACGAGGAUUUCGUCCCGAUUCCUCAUAAGAUCAACUCUCACCGGCCACUCGAGCUAGUUUUGAAACGGCCAACGCAGAGAUGUCAGCCCAUGAUUCAUCCUCCAGUGGGCAAGAUAUUUCUGAUCGUAGAGAGAGGAUUGAAAUGGAUGCUAUUGUUGAGCCAUUUGAAUCAAUAACUACAAUUGAAUCUGAGCCAUCUUCAAGAUACCUCUAGGCACUUGGCCAAAGCUCUAGGAACACAACUUUGGAAGAACCCUCCUCUUCCCACAGCACCAGGAAGGCGUAUGCUUGUCAUCGGUUGCGUCGUUGGGAUGGAUAGGUGAUCGUCGGGAUGGUGGAAAUGGGUUUUUUGGUGAAAAACUCUUUCUGAACGGGAGUGGUACAAGGGACCGGAUUGGACCAGAGUGGUACAAGGGAGUCCAAAGGCAGCUUACUGGUGUAGUUCUCCAACACCGGAGUCCUGAAUAAGUACCUCAAAAACUCGGAGACCUUCAUUGGGCCUGAAAGUUGCUUUGGUGAUGCUGCAUCUGAUAUAUGUCGGUGUUCUCUUUCUUUUUGGUAGAGAUUUGAUAUCCAAAACGAAAAAAGAACCAUGGUACACAGCUAUAUACUUGUUACUUUUUGCCGCAACCUUGGUUCAGUAUUUCUUCACAUCUGGCUCUUCUCCUGGCUAUGUAAUUGAUGCCAUGAGGGCUGUUAAUGAGUCACAUGCUAUAUCCAGGAAGGCAUCCAUGACAUCAAACCAAAAUGGAAGCUUGAUUAUCCCUGUAGAAGAUACCCAGUCAGGAAAAGUUAUUCUAGGCAAUAAUACUAUAUCAUGGGCAAAGCUAGUGAUGGACAUGUAUCCUCCUGGAUCUUCUGUGAGAAGUUGGGCAUGCACUUAUUGUAAUGUUAUACAGCCUCCACGCUCGAAGCAUUGUCAUGAUUGUGACAAAUGCGUUCUUCAGUUUGAUCAUCAUUGUGUUUGGCUUGGAACAUGCAUAGGACAUGGUAAUCACUGCCGAUUUUGGUGGUACAUUGCUGAAGAAACAACUUUGUGCAUCUGGACUUGCAUCUUAUACAUUACUUAUUUGAAAGCCAAUAUUACAAGGGCAUGCAGGUGGAAAGAUGCCAUCAUGAUAUUGCUUCUGGCCACACUGUCCAUUUGUCUGAUCUUUUUGCUCUUGCUUUUUCUUUUCCAUAGCUAUCUUGUUCUCACAAAUCAGACUACCUAUGAACUAGUAAGACGACGUCGAAUCCCGUAUUUAAGAGGGAUUCCUGAAAGAGUUUACCCUUUCAGUAAAGGCAUCUGUAGAAAUCUGUAUAAUUUCUGUUGUGCUUCAAGCAGCAUAUACUCCGUGGAACCAUUGCCCACACCAGAGGAGCUGGAAGCCAAGUCAAGACCUUACACGUGCUUGGAUGUUUUGUCUUGUUGUUGUUGCUGACAUUUGGGGCCUUGUAUCAUCUUCUCGUACAAUUUAAUUUUUUUAGUGCUGAUUUGCCGUGAAAGCAUGUCCGUGCAUUCUUUCUUUUCUUUUCAUUUUCUCGUUACAUGGUUACAGGAUAUGCCAUGGCAUUGUUUUCAGCCUUUACACUUGCGGGUUAGUAGAUGUAAUUUUGGGAUGGUCUAUGUUCUUAGGGCAAUUUCAAUUGAAAAGUUUCCUAUU